AAGUACUGCCACUGUCAAACUGUCAUUGUCAUUCCCUAAAGAGAGGUUUUUCAUUUUAUUUGGUCGAUUUUAUUAAAAUUGACAAAAAAGAGAAAGUUUUUUAAUGUCUUCAAUAAUGCAGAAGUGUGGUGAUGACAAUAUUCCCUUGGCUGAUGAUGACCCGCAAGUUAUUAUCACUGAUGACGUCGAAAACAAUCAUUUAGAUCAUGGUCGCUCUAUGGAUUCUUUACCCAGUUCUUACACUGCGGGUUCUUCCAGCCCUGGCCUAAAUGGCCCUCCUAGUUUUGAACCCGACUCUGGAAUUGAUGAACAGGAAGAAAAAGCACGUUUGAUAUCUCAAGUCCUCGAAUUGCAAAACACAUUGGAUGAUUUGUCGCAAAGGGUGGAUUCUGUGAAAGAAGAAAACUUGAAACUUCGAUCAGAAAACCAAGUUUUAGGCCAGUACAUAGAAAAUUUAAUGUCUGCUUCAUCUGUGUUCCAAUCCACCACACCAAAUAUCCACAAGAAGUAAAACUCGCCUAGAUUAUUUUUUUAUUUUAGCUUUUUACGUAAUAUUUAUCUAAUAAUUUUAAAAGUCACAUUAUUUAAAAAUGAAGCUUUAAUUUCAGUUUUAUUGACGAAAUGCAUUUUAUCACCUAAAAAUGAAAAUAUGCUAUACCACAUAAUCCAUAAUUUUAUAUCUGAUGUAAUGGUGUAUGUAUCUUUGUAUUUAUUGCUGACAUUUUG